AAGGGUUCACCUGGGCUUCAUCCUCUUGCCCUCCUCCAUGGGGUCUCCUCCAGAGUGAUCACUUACUCCUCAUGGAAAAGACUUGGGUCCUGAGGCUUCACCCCCAUCCAGGGCUUCUGUCUCUGCUACUCUUCCCCCUUCACCCACAGACCCCUGUGUGCCCCUCCCCUACUUCCACAACAGACUCUUUACCCCUUGGGCCCUAGAGACCUGCGGCAGCUCAGCUCGGCCCUCAGUUUCAGUAUCGGGCCUGGAAAGGGCACACCUGAGCCCAGGAAGAAGUGUGUGUGGAGGGAACUUUUUAGGCCGUUGCCUGGGUGAUGCCACCUGAGCUGGGCGCCAGGCACCUGUCGCCUGGGGAACGGUAAGGGCGGGGCCCCUCCCUUGAGAGCAGCCAGGGCCACUGGGCUGAGACUGGAGACAGAUCGGGUUCCUGGGGCAGGCAGGGGGACAUGAGCGGGUUGGGGUGUGCGAUACUGGGGGAUCUGGGUGUGUUUGCAACAGGAAAGGAAAAGCUUACAGGGAGGAGUUGCUGGGGGAGGAGGCGGCGGCUCAGAGAGGCAACUUAACCUCCAACCUCCGCUUCUCUUUGCUGAGCCUACCAGAGCUCCAUCACUCCCCCAUUCCCCGCUCCCCAGCUGGUCCUCAGUCUCCCCUUUCCUUUGUCCCUGCAUUCCCACAGGCACGGAGGUUCUUUCCUUCCCCGAUCCGGUCGCGGUACUCCCUCCCGGGCUCCCCAUCCCACCCCCAGCCCCGCCUUCUCCCUGUAGCUCUGGCUUCCCCAGUUGGCUUUGCUGCCCCUCCCCCGCCUCCACCUCAAAACCCCGCCUGCAUCUGGGAGCUGGCCGAGUCCCCGGGUGACACCCACAGAGGGUGCGCUGCUCCGUGUGAGCCUGGGCCUCCAGCGGCACAAGGCUCUUCUCAGCUGAAGGUGGGUCAGGAGGGGCGGCGGCCGGGACGUGACUGCAGGGUGGCAGGAGAGGCAGCCACUGGGCGUCUGGUAGCCAACGGGGCCCUCGAGAGGACACCGCGACUCCGCUGAGCAGGACUGUGAGAUUGAUUGGUGCGUGUCGGGGUCAGAGGUAGGCCUUUGAGGGGCUCAAAGAGAGGUGCUUUGCAAGAGGCCCACAGAUGUGAGGACAGUCCGGGCCGAGGACACAGUGUUUCCCUUGUGCUGGGCACCGAGACCCCCACCCGGCAGCAUCGGACCCACCCCUGUGAGUCAACCAGGCCGUCUCGGGUUAAGAAGACCUGAGGGGACAGAUGGCUUCAACUGCCCUUGAACUCCUGGGCAUGACCCUGGCUGUGCUGGGCUGGCUGGGCACCCUGGUGUCCUGUGCCCUGCCCCUGUGGAAGGUGACCGCCUUCAUCGGCAACAGCAUCGUGGUGGCCCAGGUGGUGUGGGAGGGGCUGUGGAUGUCCUGCGUGGUGCAGAGCACAGGCCAGAUGCAGUGCAAGGUGUACGACUCCCUUCUGGCACUGCCCCAGGACCUGCAGGCCGCCCGCGCCCUCUGCGUCGUCGCCCUCCUCUUGGCCCUGCUCGGGCUGCUGAUGGCCAUCACUGGGGCCCAGUGCACCACCUGCGUGGAGGACGAAGGUGCCAAGGCCCGCAUCAUGCUCACCGCGGGGGUCCUCCUCCUCCUCUCGGGGAUCCUGGUGCUCAUCCCCGUCUGCUGGACUGCGCACGCGAUCAUCCAGGACUUCUACAACCCUCUGGUGGCCGAGGCCCUCAAGCGGGAGCUGGGGGCCUCCCUCUACCUGGGCUGGGCCGCUGCUGCCCUGCUCAUGCUGGGGGGGGGCCUCCUCUGCUGCACAUGCCCUCCACCCCAGAUCGACCGGCCCCGAGGACCGAGGCUGGGUUACUCCAUCCCCUCCCGCUCAGGUGCAUCUGGGCUGGACAAGAGGGACUACGUAUGAGGUGGAAAGUGUCCCUGGAAGCCUGCGGCUCAGAGCCUUGACCUUGUGCAGGAUGCCCUGCCCUGACCCUUGCCCCCGACUGCUAACCCGUCCCCCAGGGCAAAACCCAUUUUCCAGACGCUCCAAUCGGGCCUGGCUAGACCUGGUAUCAGCUGCCCCAGCUGAGUCCAGAACCUCUUCAGUGGGGUCCCCAUGAGCCCUUCCCCUACCUCCACCCAGGCAGAGCCAGAGCUGAUGGGUGUGCUGGUCUGCCCCUGCCUCCCCCGGACAAAUUGCUUCCUUCUGUGGUCCACAACUUAGGCUGUCCGUCCUCUUCCUCUGGGGCCACCCCUGUCCCAGGAGCCUGGGGCUUCACCCAAAGGGCAGCAGGUCCUUGUCUCCAAAAUAAGGAGGGGACGCCUGCCUGCGGUGGGUCCUCUCCA